UGUUUGAAGUCAAAUCGAGAAUGUAACAGUCACCCCGAAUUUACUCCGCCAUGGAAGUCAAAAGUCAAUCUCCAACAAGCUUUUGCUUUUGCUUCUCUCUAACCAAUACCUCCUCAAAACGGGUCCACUCUUUUUUUCUCUCUUUUCAUCUUCCAAUUUUUGCUGUUUCCCUUCUUUUGUGCUUAAAUUUUCUCUUUUAUCCAAUUGGGUCUCUUUCUUUUGUGUUUUAGUUUCAAUUUUCUCACCGGUUCUCCAUGGAACCGCCACCCCUUAUCGACCUUGGCGACGGCGACGGGGACGGUGAUGAUUCUUCAUCUCCCUUCACUAAUUCAUAUACCCAGAACCUUAAUCACCUCAAUCAUGGAUUUAAUUACUCGAAUCGGGAGGAUACGACCCGUAGUUAUUCUCCCCAAUUCUUCGACUCCAGUUCAUCUUCGUCCGAUAAUGAAAACGGUGGUGUUUCUUCCAAUUCUGUUGAGUCCACUACCAAACGUCUUGAUUAUAUGCUGCAAUUUCUGGACCGUAAGCUUUCAUCUCAAUCUGUUUCGUAUAGUAAUCAUGAUGGCGAUAAUCAGGAUUCGGAUUAUGAUGGGAGUAGUUCUUCUCUUCCUGAAUUCAUUGGGCGGGGUGGAGGAACUGGGAUUUUCAGGCUUCCAGUGCGAGCUGCUGUUCAUCCUCAUCGACCCCCUAGCCUUGAAGUGAGGCCGCAUCCUUUGAGAGAGACGCAGAUCGGGUGCUUUUUGAGGACAGUUGCUAGCAGCGAGUCCCAAUUGUGGGCUGGUAGUGAAUAUGGUGUCCGCUCUUGGAAUUUCGAGGAUUUGUAUGCAGCGGCAGAAGACAUGGGUGUGAGGGGUGGUGAUGAAGAGACGGCGCCAUUUCGUGAGUCAGUUUGGACGUCGCCUACUCUUUGCUUGGUUGCUGAUGAGGGCAAUCGGUUAGUUUGGAGUGGCCACAAGGAUGGUCGCAUUAGAAGCUGGAGAAUGGAUAUUCAAAGUUUGAAUUCAAAUGAUCAUUUCACGGAAGCUCUAUCAUGGCAGGCUCAUCGUGGUCCUGUUUUUUCGCUUGUAAUGACAUCUUAUGAUCUUUGGUCAGGUUCAGAGGGAGGGGCUUUAAAGGUGUGGUCAUGGGAGGCUAUAGAGACCGCUCUCUCUAUGACAGAGGGAGAAAGUCACGUGGCUUCUUUGUUGGUGGAGAGAUCUUAUGUUGACCUUAGGACUCAAGUCAGUGUAAGCUUCAGUAACACAUUUACUUGGGAUGUUAAGUACUUGCUAUCUGACGAUUCUACUGCCAAAGUAUGGAGUGGUAGUGACCUCUCUUUCGCACUCUGGGAUGCUCGCACAAGGGAGCUAUUGAAAGUGUUCAAUACUGAUGGUCAGCUGGAGAACCGAAUAGAUAUGACAUCUGUCCAAGAUUUUACAUUGGAGCCUGUUUCUUUCUCAAAGAAAGAAAAGACUCAGAGUGCCUUUGGUUUCUUUCAGCGUUCACGUAACGCUAUAAUGGGAGCGGCUGAUGCUGUUCGGCGAGCUGCUGUGAAGGGGGCCUUUGGAGAUGAUAAUCGGAGAACUGAAGCAUUAGUGAUGACAAUAGAUGGAAUGAUCUGGACUGGAUGUACAAGUGGUUUACUUGUGCAGUGGGAUAAACACGGAAACCGUCUGCAAGAUUUCCAUCAUCAUUCUCAUGCUGUCCAAUGCCUUUGUACUUUUGGAUCACGAGUAUGGGUGGGAUAUGCCAGUGGUACUGUGCAGGUAUUGGACCUCAAAGGUAGACUUCUUGGUGGUUGGGUGGCUCAUAGCUGCCCUGUGAUUGAAAUGUGUGCUGGAUCUGGUUACGUAUUUACCCUGGCAAAUCAUGGUGGUAUCCGUGGAUGGAAUGUUACUUCUCCAGGACCUCUUGACAGCAUACUACGCUCAGAGUUGGCCGCGAAGGAAUUCAUGUAUACAAGAAUGGAAAAUUUAAAAAUAUUCACUGGUACAUGGAAUGUUGGACAGGAAAAAGCAUCUCCUGACUCUCUCAUCUCCUGGCUGGGUUCUGUUGUCUCAGAUGUAGGCAUUGUAGUGGUUGGGCUGCAGGAAGUUGAAAUGGGAGCUGGUUUUCUAGCAAUGUCAGCAGCUAAAGAAACUGUAGGACUCGAGGGUAGUUCACUAGGCCAAUGGUGGUUGGAUAUGAUAGGGAAAACGCUGGGUGAAGGAUCAACUUUUCAGCGUGUUGGUUCUAGGCAGUUGGCAGGCUUGCUAAUAGCAAUAUGGGUUAGAAGUAACAUAAGAGCUUAUGUGGGGGAUGUUGAUGCUGCAGCAGUUCCGUGUGGCUUUGGACGUGCAAUUGGUAAUAAGGGGGCAGUUGGUUUAAGGAUAAGAGUUUUCGACCGGGUGUUAUGCUUUGUUAACUGUCAUUUUGCUGCACAUUUAGAAGCAGUCAACCGUCGCAAUGCAGAUUUUGAUCACGUGUAUCGGAAUAUGUCUUUUCACCGGCCAUCCAAUCUUUUUGGUACCACAGCUGCUUGUUCUUCACCCACUGCUCAGACAGUUCGCAGUUCAAAUGCUUUUGUUGGGUCUUCUGUAGAAAUGACACCUGAAUUAUCUGAGGCCGAUCUGAUCAUUUUUCUUGGUGAUUUUAAUUAUCGGCUCAAUGGGGUAUCAUAUGAUGAAGCUAGGGAUUUUAUUUCUCAAAGAUGCUUUGAUUGGCUCAAAGAAAAGGAUCAACUCCGUACAGAGAUGGAAUCUGGAAAUGUCUUCCAAGGAAUGCGCGAAGCAGUUAUUACAUUUCCUCCAACGUAUAAAUUUGAGAGGCAACAACAAGGUUUAUCAGGGUAUGAUUCUGGGGAGAAGAAGCGUGUCCCAGCUUGGUGUGACAGGAUACUGUAUCGUGAUAGCCGAUCAUCUUCGACAUCUGGAUGCAGCUUGGACUGUCCUGUAGUCACUUCUAUAUCACAGUAUGAGGCUUGUAUGGAUGUGGUGGAUAGCGAUCAUAAGCCUGUUCGUUGUAUAUUUGAUGUCAAUAUUGCUCGAGUUGACGAGUCUAUAAGAAGACAAGAGCUUGGAGAAAUUCUUCAUUCAAACGAAAAAAUUAAGCAUAUGCUUGAUGUGCUUUGCAAGAUUCCUGAAGUUAUUGUCAGUACGAACAACAUACUUCUUCAACAUGAGGAUACAUCUCUUCUACGUAUUACAAAUAAAUGCGAGAAAAGUGACGCAAUAUUUAAAAUAGUUUGCGAAGGUCAGUCUACGAUUCGAGUGAAUGGCAAAGCGUCAGGUCAUUAUAGUCUUAGAGGUUCUUUUGGCUUUCCACGAUGGCUUGAGGUCUCGCCUGCAACUGGAAUUAUCAAACCUAACCAAAUUGUUGAGGUCUCAGUUCGUCUUGAGGAAUCCCACAUGUCAGAAGGAUUUGUUGAUGGUCAUCCACAAAACUCAUGGUGUGAAGUCACCAGAGAUAAAGAGGUUAUUUUGCUUGUUAAGGUGUACGGAACCUUUUCUAGUAAGUCAAAGAAUCAUCGUAUUCGUGUGCGCCAUUGUGUUUCUCCUAAGACAGAAGGAACUGGUACCAAAACGAACAACUCUACCCAAAUUCAUGGAAGCGUUCUUCAACGAUCCGAUAUUCAGUGUCUCAGCAUGUCCAGCGAUGUGGUUGACCAUCUAAGAAAUUUGCAUACCCCUUGACUGCAGCCAAGAUUGUGUGGGAAAUCAUGCUUUUGGUCUUUAACAGAUCCCAAUUCUUCCAGCUUCUUUAAUGUACAUACCUGAGGCCAUUUUGUAUCAAAACUCGUACUGCUUUGAUUUGUGUCAAUAGUGUUCAUUCAAUAACGAUAUCCAUUUUUUGAGAUUUUCAACCUGAUUUCAAGACAGGUCCAUCUCUAGGUGGUUGUUGAUAAGUGGAUUCACAAAUUUAUAGAUGAAAGUUGUCAUACAGAAACAGUAGCAGAGUAGAGGAGGCAGUUUUAUUUGUUCCUUAAAUGUUAUUAUCCCAACUACAGUGAAACAAUUAUGUUUGUGGAUUUGGUUUUGACGAGGCUGAGUUUUGGUUCCUUGAACAAACUUUGUACGUGCUGAAAAUAUGUUUGCAACUUCAUAGUUUCGGUGCUUUUUAUUUGAUUUGAUGUAUAUAAAAAAUUUUAUGUGAA